AUGCUUUUGGAAACGGAGAGGGUAAGCUUAAACCAGCCUAACAGAAGAGGAGAUUAUCCCUUACAUCUAGCCGUCGCUCGCAGAUCUGAAGCCAUCACCUUAGAAUUGGUAAAAGCUGGUUGCAAUAUUCAUGUGGUAUCACCGAACCAUGAAACACCAUUGCUGCAGGCAGCAUCUAUCGGUAGCUACGUGAUUGUUGACAUUUUGCUGCGACAGGGUGCAAAUGUUAAUGCGCAGAGCAAUGAUCGGUUGACGGCGUUGCACAAGAUACAGUAUGCACGGUGUAGCCGUGAAGAAUCUGAUAGGAUAAUCAGCCGCUUGCUAGAAUUUGGUGCCUACAUCAACUGCCAAGACAGUCGUGGCUUCACACCUCUGCAUUCUACAGCGUGCACCUGUGUUAUGGGGCAGGUGGUACCUGUCUCCUCUCUCCGGAUCCUUAUUGGCGCUGGUGCCAAAGUAUCACACCACAGUCCGAACAGAAACUCUCCACUUUGUUGGCUUGUCUGGAAUGGUUGCUUUGAAGCUGCACGUUUUUCUGGUCCAAGCUGGUUGGAACCUAAACCAAGAAGGUUGAUUGAUUUACCAGGCCAAAAAGAAGAACAAUCACGAUUCCAUGAAUGGUUGAAAAGCAUGAGAUCCUCCCCUUGGACAUUGUCCUGUCCUGUCGUCAGUAUAUCGGAACUAUCUGUUAGGGAUUCGUGGUGA